AUGAAAAAUGUAACCGAUUCUUUCCUUUCCUUGGGUUAUUGGCCAUUCGCCGGGAGUUUCGGGUUUAAUACCGAUAUUUUAGCAACAAAUCCAAUAAAUCUAAGUGUAGUCUUUGGUGUAUUGAUUUUUUUUGGAAAGGGAGUGUGUGCGAGUUGUUUAAAUGAAUGGAAAGAUAAUCUACUUUCAUUAAGUGAUUUAUUAGAUAAUCGAAAACAGCGGAUCUUGAAGACUAUUCAAAAUUCAGAAGAACUACGCGGGGGGGCCGUGGAACGGCUGGAAAAAGCCCGGUCCCGCUUGCGGAAAGUAGAAAUGGAAGCGGAGCAGUUUCGAGCGAAUGGAUACUCUGAAAUAGAACGAGAAAAAUUGAAUUUGAUUAAUUCAACUUAUAAAACCUUGGAACAAUUAGAAAAUUACAAAAAUGAAACCAUUAAUUUUGAACAACAAAAAGCUAUUAAUCAAGUUCGACAACGGGUUUUCCAACAAGCCUUACAAGGAGCUCUAGGAACUCUGAAUAGUUGUUUGAACACCGAGUUACAUUUACGUACCAUCAAUACUAAUAUUGGCAUGUUUGGAACGAUGAAAGAAAUAAAGGGUUAG